AUAUAUAUAUACUCAUAUAUAAUAUAGGCUAGCUAGGCUUGAAUGAAUCUCCAUUAAUUGAUUACCAAUCCAUUAACACAGGAAAGAGGAGUGUAAUGGGUGGAUCAGCAACAUUAGUUCUUUGUUCCAGCUUGGCCUUUUACUACUAUGUUUCCCUCCUGAGCUUGGUUGAGAUUGUUCGAGCUCAAAGUGGUACCACCCCUGCUUCCGAAGUGAGUGCUUUGAACUCGGUGUUCAGCCAAUGGGGGACAUCAGCGACAAACUCAAUAACUAAAUGGAACAUAAGCGGAGAACCAUGCAGCGGAGGAGCCAUCGAUUCGACCAGCAUCGAGACCACCAAUGGAGAUUACAAUCCCGGUAUCAAAUGCCGAUGCGAUGGUACCACUUGCACCAUAAUCGAACUCAAAGUCUAUGCGCUAAGUGUUGUUGGACAAAUCCCCGAUGAGCUAUGGUCUUUGACUAACCUCAGCAAUCUGAACUUAGCCCAAAAUUACCUGACUGGUCCCCUGUCUUCAUCCAUUGCCAAUCUAACUCAAAUGCAGUAUCUGAGCCUAGGGAUUAAUUCACUUUCUGGGGAGGUUCCGAAGGAACUUGGAAAUCUAACGAAUCUGAUAGUAUUGAGCUUUAGUUCAAAUAACUUCUCUGGCCCUCUGCCAUCAGAACUUGGGAAGUUGACAAAAUUAGAGCAACUCUACAUUGAUAGUUCUGGAGUCAGUGGAGCUAUACCAUCUACAUAUGCUGCUCUACGAAACCUGAAAAAUUUGUGGGGUUCGGAUAAUGAACUCAACGGCAGCAUACCUGAAUUCAUAGGGAAUUGGUCACAACUUAUCGACCUGAGGUUUCAAGGAAACUCCUUUGAAGGUCCAAUACCACCAUCAUUCUCCAACUUGACCAAGUUGACGUCAUUGAUGAUAAGUGAUUUGUCAAAUGGAAGCAGUACUUCACUGGAAUUUCUGAAAGAUAUGACGUCUCUGAAUACCUUAAUUUUGAGGAAUAACAAUAUUUCUGGUUCUAUCCCCUCCAAUAUUGGUGAUUAUCAGAGUUUGUCUCUGCUGGAUUUGAGCUUUAACAAUUUAGCUGGACAGAUUCCAGAUUCUCUCUUCAAUUUGAGCUCUCUCUCUUACUUGUUUCUUGGGAAUAAUAAAUUGAAUGGAACGCUUCCCGCACAAAAGAGUACGUCUCUUUCGAAUAUAGAUGUGUCGUACAAUGAAUUAUCUGGGAGCUUUCCUUCUUGGAUCGAACAAGGCUUGCAACUUAACUUAGUUGCCAAUAACUUCACAAUUGAAAGUGCAAACAACAGUGUUUUGCCUUCAGGAUUGAACUGUCUUCAAAGGAACUUUCCCUGCAAUCGCAAUUCUCCUAUUUAUUCCAGCUUUGCGAUUAAGUGCGGUGGUCCACAGAUUACAGCUAGUAGUCAGAUUGUAUAUGAGAGCGAUAAUGAGACUCUUGGUCCGGCUACUUAUAAUGUGACUAGUACAAACAGGUGGGCAGUAAGUAAUGUUGGACGCUUCAUCAACAACAACAAUCCUCAAUAUCAGAGUUUCUCUUCGCGACAGUUCACAAAUACUUUGGACUCAGAGCUGUUCCAGACAGCACGAAACUCACCUGGAUCACUAAGAUAUUAUGGGCUGGGGCUUGAGAAUGGUAAUUACAACGUGACUCUCCAGUUUGCGGAGAUAGUAAUCCCAAAUCCCUCAAGUUGGGAAAGUCUUGGAAGGCGUGUUUUUGAUAUAUACAUCCAGGGGAACCUGGUUUGGGAAGAUUUUGACAUAAAGAAGGAGGCCGGUGGUGUCUCUUACCAAGCUGUUGAGAAGAGAUUUAUGGCUCAGGUAUCAGAAAACUACCUAGAAAUCCAUCUAUUUUGGGCUGGUAAAGGGACUUGCUGUAUACCUGAUCAAGGAACAUAUGGACCUUCUAUUUCAGCAAUCAGUGCAGUCCCAGAUUUCAGCCCUACUGUUAGUAACAACCCUCCAAGUUCUCCAACCAGCAAAAAGAGUAAGACGGGUUUGAUAGUGGGAAUUGUUGUUCCUGUUGGCGUAGUAAGCUUUCUAUCAGUACUUGCGCUGUUUUGUUUCAUCAAACGCAGAAAAAGGCCAGGAUGGGACGAUGAUGAAGAGCUCCUAGGGAUGGAUGCUAGGCCCUACACUUUCAGUUAUGCUGAACUAAAGGCUGCAACAGAAGAUUUUAAUCCUGCAAACAAACUAGGGGAGGGAGGCUUUGGACCGGUUUUUAAGGGAACACUAAAUGAUGGAAGGGUUAUUGCCGUCAAACAACUGUCAGUGGCGUCCCACCAAGGAAAGAGUCAAUUUAUUGCAGAGAUCGCUACGAUAUCUGCUGUUCAACACCGGAAUCUUGUGAAAUUGUAUGGAUGCUGCAUUGAGGGGGAUAAACGACUGCUUGUGUAUGAGUAUCUUGAAAACAAAAGUCUUGAUCAGGCAUUGUUUGUAGGGAAGACAAGUUUGUAUCUUAACUGGCCCGUUCGUUUUGAUAUAUGCUUGGG